AUGGGCUUGAGGUGUCAAACUUUAGUGGUUUUGUGUUAUGCAGUUAUUACAAUAGCUGAUCAAGAUGUCAAAAAUAUAAAAGUGAUGCCAACGACUCAAAAUAAAAACCAUGUAGGAGACUCCAAAAAUUUAAUCACAUACGCAUUCCGACCUCGCGCAAUACCGCUGAAGAUAAAUGAAAAGCCGACCCCAUCAGCAGAGAAACCAGUAUACUAUACACAAGACAAUAAAUAUAAAACUGAAAUACUUUUCCCCGGUAAUUACUUUGCAAUUCCCAAAGAGAAAAGUAAAGACACAGUGGAAGAUUCUGCGUAUAAUCCCUUAGUUGGUGGUCAGUUUGAACCGACGGCGAUACCUUUGUUAAGAGGUCAGGGAUUUGCGAAGAGAUCGCUUGAUUUGGAUGAAGUUUCAACAGAAAAUCCCAAAAAACUUGUAGAUCAAGCAUCCCAGAGAAGAUCAUUGUCAUAUAUCUUAGGCGAAGCUGAAGAAGAAGAUGAUGAAGAGGAUGAUGGCGAAUAUGAAGUAGAAGAGCCCGAAGAACUGGAAGCAGAUGGUUUGGAAUCAAAAAAUAAGGUUGGAGGCAUCCAUAGCGUUCAUAGUGCACAUCAUGCACACAGGCUGAAACAGAAGGCUAAAAGGGUUAAGAAAUACUCGAAGUAUAUGAUGCCUCUCCUACUUGCUUAUAAGCUGAAAUAUUUCGCCAUAAUCCCAGUAAUGAUUGGCGGACUGGUAUUAUUAGUGGGAGCUACUGGCUUGGCUGGAUUUUUCUUUGCCUUAUUCGCAGCUGUUAUGGGACUACAGAAAGGCGGUUAUUAA